AUGGAUGCGCAAUCUAGAUCGUCGCUUUCGUCCAAUCACCGUUCAAGUCUGAACAUUGGUCGCACUUCUUUCCAGGUGAGUACCCGGGGAAUGAACUCAAUUGACAAUUUCAUGAUGCAGGACAGUAGCGAGACUUCUGAACUGGACGAGAUUGCUAUGAGUUCUCGGAAAUCGCUACAUCUGCAGCAAGCGAAGAAGUAUGGAUAUGAGGUUAAUAGCUCGAAGAACAGCUCCGAGCCCCAAAUUCCACCGGAUUCGUUGAUUCUGAAUGAAGAGUUCGUGUUGGAGAAGACCCUGGAGCACAUCGAGGAGUAUUCCACCGAGGGACUGCGGACUUUGAUGUACAGCUUUAGAUGGCUAGACAAAGCCCAAUUCGAGGAUUGGUCUGCGAAGUACACUGAGGCCAAAACAUCUUUGGUAGACCGUUCCAAAAAGAUUGAGACCAUAGGUGCCUUGCUGGAGUGUCAAUUAGAGCUUUGCGGGGCCACUGCGAUUGAAGAUAAGCUCCAACAUGGAGUUCCAGAAGCCAUUGAGAAGCUUCGUAAAGCCGGAAUCAAGCUAUGGAUGCUGACUGGAGACAAGCGUGAGACUGCCAUCAACAUUGGUCAUUCGUGUAGCCUGAUCAAGGACUAUUCCACUGUGAUCAUUUUAUCGAACGAGGAUGAGGAAAAUAUUGCCACAAAGAUCACCGCAGCCACCUUAGAGGUAGAUGCGGGAAACAUCGCGCACUGUGUGGUGGUGGUGGAUGGAUCUACGUUAUCUGAGAUUGAAAGUGAUCUGACCACCAUGACUGUGUUUGUGGAGUUGGGAGUCAAGGCAGACUCUGUGAUUUGCUGUCGUGCCAGUCCUUCCCAGAAGGCCACAAUGGUAUCUUAUGUCAGAAGAUACAAUACCAGUAAGGUGACACUGGCUAUUGGUGAUGGUGCUAACGAUAUUGCAAUGAUCCAGAGUGCGGACAUUGGAGUUGGAAUUACAGGAAAAGAAGGCUUUCAGGCGGCAAGAGCGUCAGACUACUCAAUUGCCCAGUUCCGCUAUCUGCUGAAGCUUCUUCUCGUUCACGGAAGAUACAAUUACGAGAGAACCUCCAAAUUCGUCCUCUGCACUUUCUACAAGGAGCUGCUGUUCUAUCUGUCGCAGGCACUUUACCAGAGACAGAAUCUGUUCACGGGCUCUUCGCAGUACGAAUCCUGGUCAUUAUCCAUGUUUAACACGCUGUUCACGUCUUUGCCGGUGCUGUGCAUCGGCAUGUUCGAGAAGGAUCUGCGGCCCUCAACGCUAUUGGCUGUUCCCGAGCUCUAUUCCAAGGGACGCAACUAUGAGUCUUUCAACUUGCGACUGUUCGUAUAUUGGGUUCUGCUUGGAGCUGCUCAGAGUACGGCUCUCUCGUUUCUCGCUUGGAAUGUGUAUGGAACCAAUGCCACCAAGGACAACACCACGAUGGCUUUGGGAGUUCUCAUGUUCACCACCCUGGUGGUGGUGAUCAACGUGAAGUGCAACGUUCUUGAAAUGCAUUAUGUUACCAAGAUUCCACUCAUAUCAAUGGUUGUUUCGCUCGGAGGCUGGAUGAUUUGGAACCUCCUGAUCUCUGCUCUCUACAAGACGAAGGAUUCUAAGAUCUUCUACGUUGUUGCCGGGUUUCGCGAGGAGUUUGGCCGCGAUGUUACUUGGUGGGGCUCUUUGUUAGUGCUCAUUGUCAUUGGUGUUGGUAUCGAUGUGAUUGCACGGUGUAUUAGAGUGGAGUUCUGGCCCACCGAGAGCGAAACUUUCCAGAUUCUUGAACGAAUCCCAAGCAUUCGCAAGAGAUUGGAAUUUCGUGCUUUUGGUGAAUUGUAUCAUAGUUGGACAUGGCCACACGAGUCUCAAAUUCGCGCCGAAAGCAAUGGUCCAUAUUCGCGUAUAGCGAAGAUACGGUCUUUUGUGAAGAAGGGUGGAUUAGGACCAUCUGCUGCUACUCGGAAGCGUUCCAGCACACUUCCAACGCCCACUGAGUUGCCGCCUGGAUCACCUUCGUCAGUGACUCGUGCGGCUGAUUUGGAUUACGAUGAGGAGAUGUUGCCGAGCGGAAAGGUGAUCCGCAAACGCCAAAGGGCUAACACCAAAGGACGGUUACGUAGGCUUCUCAGUUUCGAUGAUGUGAUUCCUGAAGCAGAAGAAGACUCAGAAGAUGAUGUGAAUCGGAUUAUAAGUGAUCGCAUGCGCCAGCUAGAGCGCGAUUCGAGUGCCUGUUGA